GAGGGCUUUUCAAAACCUGGAAUUAACCCAAGCAGAGCUGCACCGAGCCGAGGACCUCUCUCAUUUGCCCGGAGAUGUUAACACAGAUCUAACGAGCUCGUUGUAAUGGAUGGAUCUGCUUUCGAUGCGUUGCGCGUAACAUUCUUAGAGCUCUUUAGCACCCAGUCAACUGGAUCGGGUUUUUUAUAAAUGUGAUUCGGUUGAUCAGAGACUCUGUUGAUGUGGAUGGCCAGGUCACAAGUGCAUAUGCAACACUGUGGGUGCUCCGUUGGAUUCACUGACCGCAUCCUCUGCCCAAAGAAUCCGCUUCUUGAUCUGAUGAGAUAAAAAGGAGAAUGUAUGGAAUAAACCAGCGCUGUAUUUGCAUAUCGUUUCAAUUUUUCGUGCUGUGGUGCCAUGCUCAGGGGGAGAAUCACCCGUCUCCUAAUUUUAACCAGUAUGUGAGGACACAGGGCGCAGUGACGGACCAGCUCAGUCGCAGACAGGUCAGGGUUUACCAGCUCUACAGCCGCACCAGCGGGAAACACGUCCAGAUUCAGGGCAAAAGGGUCACCGCCACGGCUGACGAUGGAAGCAUGUACGCUCGUCUUUUUGUUGAGACAGAUACUUUUGGCAGUCGAGUGAGAAUAAGAGGUGCAGAAAGUGGGUGCUACCUCUGCAUGAACCGGAAGGGGAAACUUGUUGGAAAGCCCAAUGGCCAAAGUAGGGAUUGUAUCUUCACAGAGAUCGUACUGGAGAACAAUUACACAGCCUUCCAGAAUGCCAAGUAUGAGGGCUGGUAUGUGGCUUUUACCAGGAAAGGGAGGCCCAUCAAAGCCUCCAGGACGAGGGAGAACCAGAGGGAGGCCCAUUUCAUCAAACGGCUACACACAGGCCCGCCUCCUUUCCCCAACAUGGACCAAAGCAAACACUUUGAGUUCAUCCAAUUUCCGGCCAAACGUCGAGCAAAGCGGAACAGGAUAUCACGUACCUCUUCCUAACACGCAGCCAAAGAAAUGGACUGAUGACAGUUGUGACAUAGGAAGAAACAGAUGCAGUUUUAUUUUUGUAUAUUUUUGAUAGGCAAAAUAUGGUUAAAAUGCCAUAAGUCUAAAGUAAUAUUUCUGUAAAAUGAUCAUGUGUUAAUACUGAAAGAGAGUAAAGAAUAUGGAUUAUAUUGAACUGCCCUGUGUGUAUGUAUUGCCUGGUGGACAGCUGUGAUGGAUGGAGGGACAUAAUGACCAGGAUGGUUAGCAACAAACUGCAACAGGACCACCUAUCAGAUAUCUGUUUCUGUAAUACAGACCAAAUUAGUUUCUAAAGUUCGAAAACAUAACAAGACAUAGGCUCAACAGGUUUCCCGUUCUUUCUAUUUCACAUUGUUUAAUGCAAUGGGUGAACAAAAUAAUGCUCAAAGCUUAUGGAAAAUAUAAUAAGUGACAUAAAAUCAGUUGCAAUGCUUGCUUGUUGUAACUUGAAGUAAAUAUGUGGUUUUUCAGUGCAACAUGGAACAACUUAAAUAGCUCCAAAGAGGUCAAACCUUCUGAGCUCAAACUGCAGGAGCAUCAGUCAAAAAAACAUUACAUUAGUGAAUUUCAUCUUCAUCUUCUAACGGCUUCAUCCUCUUGAGGGUCGCGGGGGGGCUGGAGCCUAUCCCAGCUGACAUCGGGCGAGAGGCAGGGUACACCCUGGACAGGUCGCCAGACUAUCGCAGGGCUGACACAUAGAGACAAACAACCAUUCAUGCUCACAUUCACACCUACGGACAAUUUAGAGUUAUCAAUUAACCUAGUCCCCAAUCUGCAUGUCUUUGGACUGUGGGAGGAAGCCGGAGUGCCCGGAGAGAACCCACGCUGACACGGGGAGAACAUGCAAGCUCCGCACAGAAGGGCUCCCACGCCCGGGAUCGAACCGGCAACCCUCUUGCUGUGAGGCGAGAGUGCUAACCACCACACCACCGUGCCGCCCCACAUUAGUGAAUUUGUGUAAGGUAAUAGUUUAGAAAAUCAUAAAUCAACUUGCAUUGACAACAAGUAUCAGUUGUCACAAGCACACCUUUGUUCCAUCAUCAAGUGUUUACGUGUGUUAAUUUGUCCCCUGUCAAGUGCAGCAUGCGCUGAUUACAAUCAUCAACUUUGUUUGCAAAUAUGUUUAUGGCGAUUUAAAAUUCCUGAUGGUCAUCAAGUCAUGUUUUUACCAUAUAAUUUGAAAUAUGACAUUUGUCUUAUGUUUAAAGGACACAAAAUUCUCUAGUUGCAAAAGGCAAAAAUGUAUUUUAUUUUCUGAUCUGAAAUUGACUUAAGUUUCAAAUAUCACCAGUAAGGGUUCAUUAAUGCUCAAUGGUAGAUAUACAGAAAUGGAUGGAGCUUUCUGUCCAUACUCUGCAUUCAAUUUGUCUGUAUUUGUGCAUGUUUCCUGAAAGCUUAUGGAUACGCAUGAAACGGAGCUGUACCACCAGAAAUCAUGGAGGCAGUUCAGGUGAGAUAAUGACUGUAAGAGAAGACGAAGAAAUUUAAAUAAUGGCAGAACUAAACUAAUUGGUAAUAUAGUGAAAAUAAUUCUCCUUCCACAUGUUGAAAUGUAUAGAAUGGCUGCACACACCAUCAACAAUGCUGCCUCUGUUUAAAGGCACUAUAUUAUUGCCUCCACCAUCACCUUGUUUGUUGUUGUGUGAAACUUUUGACACCGCCCUCUAGUGACAUAUAUUAGAUGUAUCUAUACCAUCAUAAAGGAUGCACAGAAGUAUUUGGCCGUUCAUGGUUUGAAACAGACAUAUCUAUUUUGUACAUAAAGAGAGUGUAAAUGAGCCUUAAGUUGGUAUAUUGUUGUGAAGCAGAUAGUUCUGAAGUUCAAAGUAAAAUUUGAGAUUUUGGACUCUAUUGAACCUCAUGGUGGCAUUAGAGGAAAAGUCAGCAAAUUGCCACAGUCAUGUGGAUUCAUCCUCUGGGCACCAUGAAUAUCUGAAUCAAAUUUCAUGGAAAUCCAUCCAGUAGUUGCUGAGACAUUUGAGUCUGGACCAAAAUGGCCAGUCAACAGAUUUACAUUGCCAUCCAGCCAUGCUGUUAGCAGAACUAAAGAUGAAUGAGUGGUACAUAUACUCUAAGGCUGUUGGAAAAUAAUGAAGUGUAGUUCAUGUUGUCAGUUGUACAGAAUGUAAUUACGACAGAGAAAAAACAAAUUAUAAUGAAGCCACAGCCAGCACCAACAGCUGUAUUUAGUCUGCAUGCCAACCGAUUCGUAGAGUCAAGGACAAGAACAUAUUAUAAUAAAACAGAUGAUUGGGAUUCAUUUAGGAGCAGCCUGGAGGGGAAAUAUCAGAGUGAUGGA